AGGGAGAACUUUAAUGGAUCUCCUCUGCCUGUCCAACCCACAUCACUUCACUUCACAUGAAAGAAUCCAUACAGGGGGAAAACCUUAUCAAUGCUUUGAAUGUGGAAAGAGUUUUUAUACAAGGGCAAACUUCCACAGGCAUCAAAGUAUUCACCGUGGGGAGAAACCAUAUCCAUGCCAAGAGUGUGGGAAGUGCUUCAGUCGGAAUGAAAGUCUCACUUCCCAUCAAAGAACUCACUGUGGGGAGAAACCAUAUCAAUGUUUGGAAUGCAGAAAGAGCUUCAAUCAGAGAUCCAAUCUCACAUCCCAUGAAAGAACUCACAGCAGGGAGAAAUAUGAAUGAUUAAGAUGGAAUUCAGUUUUAGGGGACUUUAAUUAAAAUGCAUGAGAGAAUUCCAGCAAUGAUCUUGUAAUUUGGCAACUGUGCAGCAAGGUUGACCUUGUCCCUCAAAGCUGUGGAGAACACACUCAACACACUUGAUGACCAAAAUUUCUUCAUACUCCUUCCACAGAUCUCCACAAUACAAGUCACUGCUCAGUGCAUUGAAUACUUUCUUCAGAUCCACUUCUGGGGAGGGCAUAGAGAGUGGUCUGGCAACAUAAAUUGUUGAGCAACUCAUGGACUUCAAUGCAAACAGCCUCCACAUCUCAGGUAUCAGUCAUGAACUUGUGGUGCUCCUGACUGCCAUUGUCAUCCCCAUCUUGUCCAGGAGAAAAUGUUUAAUAAAACAAUGUUCUUGAAUCCAGCUUUUCAAAAUAUCGGAGUAUACAUUAUAUUCAGGCAGAUAUUGUUAUUAUUUUAUUGAUGAUACUGUGUGUUGCAUUGGUAUUUUGAUUUUGAACAUCGCUCAGAGAGUAAUAUUGUGGUGAUCCAGAAAUGUUAUAAUAAAAACAACGAAAGCCUCCAGGAAGUUGGGCAGCAAGGGAAACAGGGUUUGUUGGUUUCCUUUCUUGGAAUGGUCUGCUGAAAGUUCCACUACCAACUCCUGGGAUGAUCUAUCCAAGUAUAGCUGAAUAUAAUAUGCCAAGAAUUUCCUUCUGGGAUCCUUAUACAAGGGACAGUUCAACAGGUAAUGAAUUACGUCUUCUACCUGAUCACACCUAUAAAUGCAUUUCCGUUCAUUAGUUGGAAUUCCCAGGUAUCUCCCCUCCAGAUAUGCAGAGAGCAUCACUUGAAACCUACGUUCUGUAAACGCCAUACAAAGUUGUGCAUAGGUCAAAACCUCAAAAUAAUUGGAUCUUGUGUGAUUGACCUUAAGU